AUGAUGAUUUGUUGGACACGAGCCUUUGGCAGCGUCAUGAUCUUUCGCUCGGCCGUCUCGGAAUUGGUGGAUAGAAGAUUUCCCAGCGUCGCGGCGGCAUCCCAUUUUGGAUUCACGGCACCCGCCCGGCAAGGAAACCUUGGCUCAUGGCUGUUUCAACGACCAGAGAAGGAUGAACGGAAAAGAAACUUGGAUACAAGAAAAUACCUGAUAUGGGCAACCAUUUCGACAUGGCAAAAAAAGGCCCAUGGGCGGUCCCCUAUACCCUCCUGUUUCCCCGCCAUACCUCCUUUCAUGGCGCGCGGGAGCAUAUGA